AGAAGCUUAAUCAGGAUCACACAACAAUAAUGAAUGGAAACACGUCGUAGCCAAGAAAGUUGAGCACCAACUAAGUAACUAUUGGUCGGCAUUUGAAAGUUAUCCGUCGCAGGAGGAAAUCUUUUUGUAAGUAAUGGAUUGGCCAGGCAAAUCAGAAAGUACUUUCUGGAUCAGAAAGCAGCUGUACUUGUAUUGUUACUUUUGAAAGUAAGUUUUGUAGGGCAACUACAGUGGAAUACACUGUAAACCUAAACGUCUGAAUAAGUGUAAAUGGCAUUUUGGGACAUUAAUACGAGACUACUGCACUGUCUGCGUUUUAUCACGGUUUGGAAAAGUGGAUUAUUUGGAUUCAUCCGUUAAUGAAAUUGUUGGAAUACUUUUUUCUGGAUUAUUAUCACUGAAAAAAGGAAGGAUUGCAAGGUUUCAAGUGACCAAGAGGAUACAGUUCUUCUCGGGGGGAAAAAUGGGUAAUAUAGAAAGUGUGGAUGGCCAAUCGGAGAUGAAGCAUCACAUCAUGCCUCUGAAGGUGCCCAUGCCUGACCCCACCGAGCUGGAGGAGAAAUUUGCCAUUGUUUUGAAUUCUAUGAACCUGCCUCCAGACAAAGCCCGGCUCCUCAGACAAUAUGACAAUGAGAAGAAAUGGGACCUCAUCUGCGACCAGGAGAGGUUUCAAGUCAAGAAUCCACCUCACACCUACAUCCAGAAAAUACGAGGAUACUUAGAUCCCGGAGUCACGCGAAAGAAGUUUCGCAGGCGGGUGCAGGAAUCUACAAAAGUCUUGAGGGAGCUGGAGAUAUCGCUGAGGACAAACCACAUCGGGUGGGUCAGGGAGUUCCUCAAUGAUGAGAACAGAGGUCUCGACAUCCUGGUGGAGUAUCUCUCUUUUGCCCAGUGUGCUGUCAUGUUGGAUUUUGAGGGGCUGGAGAAUGGGGAGGAUGGCUUCUUGGACAAGGCUAAAUCUUGGAGCAGGUCCAUAGAGGAUCUGCAUCAUACAAGCACCCAACCCUUCUGCAACACACUGGUGCGCUCUGCUCGCCAGUCUGUCCUCCGCUAUGGCACAGUUUCCAACAGCAAAACCAUCAAGAACUCCCGUCUUGUGAGCCAAAAGGAUGAUGUGCAUGUGUGCAUCAUGUGCUUGAGAGCGAUCAUGAACUACCAGUAUGGCUUCAAUAUGGUCAUGUCUCACGCACACGCAGUCAAUGAAAUUGCUCUCAGCUUGAACAAUAAGAACUCACGGACAAAAGCCUUGGUCCUUGAGCUGCUGGCUGCCGUCUGUCUAGUACGAGGAGGUCACGAGAUCAUCCUCUCAGCAUUUGACAACUUCAAAGAGGUCUGUAAGGAGAAGCAUCGCUUUGAGAGACUGAUGGAUUACUUCCGCAGUGAGGAGGGAAACAUUGACUACAUGGUGGCUUGCAUGCAGUUCAUCAACAUUGUAGUCCACUCUGUGGAGGACAUGAACUUCAGAGUCCAUCUGCAGUAUGAGUUCACCAAGCUGGGACUGGAUGACUACCUGGAGAAAUGUAAACAUACGGAGAGUGACAAGCUGUCGGUGCAGAUCCAGGCAUACCUGGAUAAUGUAUUUGACGUGGGUGGUCUACUGGAAGAUGCAGAGACCAAGAAUGCAGCGCUGGAGAAGGUGGAGGAACUGGAGGAGCACCUGUCCCAUGUGACGGAGAAGCUUCUGGAGGUUGAGAAUGAGACAAUGAUGAAAGUGGCUGAUCUGGAGAAGGUGCUCCUUCAGAAGGAUAAGGAUCUGCUUGCAAUACGGGAGACGUACGAGUCGACCAACACCCAGGUCAACACCCUGAGGAGGAUGAUCAAGGAGAAGGAUGCCGCCUUCCAGAGGCAAGUCAACAUCGAGAGACGGCUGCUGGAGCUGGAACAGCAAGGCACCAUCCGUUUGCACAAGAAGCCUGAUGGAGACAUUGCCAUUGAGACGCUGGGUGUCGGGGGUGGUAGUGGCCUUGGGAUCCCUCUGGGUGACAUCGGGCAGCUAUCUUUAGGUUCAACAGCUGGAUUAACAGAAUCAGGAGGAGCAGACACCAGUUUACCCCCAGCCAGUGAAGCUCCGCCUCCACCUCCUCCACCUCCACCGCCGCCUCCUCCUCUUCCCUCUGCCACAGGCUCGUGUGCACCAGUCCCACCACCGCCACCUCCUCUUGCUCCACCUCUGCCAGACGCUUCUCCCUCAGUUAUUCUGAGUUUGGGUCUGUCAGCUAUCAGAAUCAAGAAGCCCAUCAAGACUAAGUUCCGUCUGCCUGUGUUUAACUGGACGGCCUUGAAGCCCAAUCAGAUCAAUGGCACAGUCUUCAACGAGAUUGAUGACGAACGUGUGCUAGAGGAGCUGGAUCUGGAGAAGUUUGAGGAGCUGUUUAAGACCAGAGCCCAGGGUCCUGUGGUGGAUCUAUCUUGUACCAAGAGCAAAGUUGCCCAGAAGGCGGUAAACAAAGUGACCCUUCUGGACGCCAAUCGCUCCAAGAACUUAGCCAUCACACUGCGAAAGGCUAACAAGACCACAGAGGAGAUAUGCAAAGCAAUAGAGAAGUUUGACCUAAAGGCCUUACCAGUUGACUUUGUGGAGUGCCUGAUGCGUUUCCUGCCCACGGAGGCGGAAGUCAAGGUGUUGCGUCAGUAUGAACGUGAGCGGCGUCCAUUGGACCAGCUAGCAGAGGAGGAUCGCUUCAUGUUACUAUUCAGCAAGAUUGAAAGACUCACACAGAGGAUGAACAUCAUCACCUUUGUCGGGAACUUUGCUGACAAUGUCAACAUGCUCACACCACAACUAAACGCAAUCAUUGCUGCCUCUGGCUCAGUGAAAUCCUCACCAAAGUUGAAAAGAAUGCUCGAGAUCAUCUUAGCUUUGGGAAACUACAUGAACAGCAGCAAACGAGGCUGUGUUUAUGGUUUCAAAUUACAAAGUCUUGAUCUGCUGCUGGACACUAAGUCUACAGACAGAAAGAUGACAUUGCUCCACUACAUAGCUCUCAUUGUGAAAGAGAAGUACCCUGAGCUGGCCAACUUCCACAAUGAACUGCACUUUGUGGAUAAAGCUGCAGCAGUAUCUCUGGAAAAUGUGCUGCUGGAUGUCCGAGAGCUGGGGAAAGGCAUGGACCUGAUCCGGAGGGAGUGCAGUCUUCACGACCAUUCGGUGCUCAAGGGCUUCGUCCAGGCUAGUGACACACAGCUGGACAAGCUGCAGAAGGACGCCAAGACAGCAGAGGAAGCCUUCAACAAUGUGGUGAACUACUUUGGAGAGAGUGCCAAGACGACUCCACCCUCUGUGUUCUUCCCUGUGUUUGUGCGCUUUAUCAAGGCCUACAAGGAUGCAUUGGAGGAAAACGAACAAAGGAAAAAGCAGGAGCAAGCAAUGAGAGAAAAGUUACUGGCUCAGGAGGCUAAACAGCAUGACCCCAAGGUCCAAGCUCAGAAGAAGAGGCAACAGCAGCAGGAGCUGAUCGCAGAGCUGCGCAAGCGGCAAGCCAAAGACCACCGGCCCGUGUACGAGGGCAAGGACGGCACUAUUGAGGACAUCAUCACAGAUCUCCGAAACCAGCCUUUCCUGCGAGCUGACGCGUUGAUCCGGAGCGGUUGGAAGAGACCCUAAACCACUUAUUCGUCACUUAUACUCCCCCCUCCCCAUUAUAACCCUCCUUCCCUGUGUCCCGACGGUCCAUCUCAACCCUGAGGCUGCAGAUCACAAAGACUGAAAAGAGGGGACAGGACAGAGCCCUUGUUUUAGCUGGGUAAUUUAUUUAUUUAUGGAGGCCCUUUACAGCCACUUUAAGUGAGCAGGCAUCAUUGCAGAAGCACAAUGGGUCACUCCUCUUUGACUGCGAGCGAGAAAGACUUUCCCUGCUCUGUUUGAGCUGAGACCAGUCAGAGGACAUACAGGUGAGGUGAAUUGAGGACUGGUGGACCAUAAAGCAGGAAGAACACUUUCACUAAUAAGUGCCUGCCAACAUGAGGAUCUUAUUCCCAAGACCAUUAAUUUCCUCAGAUUAUGCAGUCGGACAGUAGCAGGACUUAGACUGGAAGGCAGCCAAGGGAAGAUGCCAACUCUGCUGCUGGGACGUUUGCCUUCAAGACACUUGCAAAACCUUCCUCCAAAUAACAGAGAAGCUUUGAUAUGACAAUGAGACAUUUGGGGACCGUUUCCUCACAUUAAGCCACACAUCACAUUUAAUCAAGACUUAAUGUUGACAGUUGUUUCUUUAGAUUUCAAUCGCAUAUAUAUCUGGGGGUAAAAACUAUAAGAUUCUUACUUGUUCUUAUGGACGAGCUAGCCAAACCAAAAUUUCUCGAAUGUCUCAUGUUUUGCUUAAGAAGUGCCUUUUGUGUAAACAGUGUUAUUUCUUGUGAGUCAGCCAUAAUUUGUUUAUUUUACACCUUUCAUUUGUUAAAGAUUGUAUUUUUUAUUGCCUUGUACUAUAACAUUAGCCUUAUGAUACUGAAAAGAAUAUGCAAAAGGUGAAAUUUCCAGCUUUAAAGGCACACACAAACUAGAAGGUUUGGGGACUAAUGCAAAGAGGAAAACUUUGAAGAUGACUCUUUUUAUUUACCUCUCUAGUACAUCAAUGCAUUUAAGCUCAUAACAGCUGACAAGAGAGUCGUUGUGUUUUUGUGCCUUGUCCAAGUAGUUGUUUAAAAUUGAAUGUUAUACCCUGACAACACUUUCUGUCACAUUUUCAAGUGACAUUUUGGAAGUGACUGAAGAAGUGUAUGAAGAAGAUUCCACAUGGACUGCUGUUUAAGGGCUCAGAUGACGUCGGGUUGACCGGCUAUAUGUGGUGAUGGAUGAAGGAUAUGUUUAAAUUUUGUUUUUUGGGGGUUUUUUUGCCUUUAUCUUAAUAGUGAUGAUCCGUUUCCUCCUAACAGCUGUUGAGACUUACAGACUAUGUUCAGAUAUGACAUUGGCACAAAGGGACCGACCAUCUUUACACUACUUAAUUUGGCUUAACAUUGUAUGACACUAUUCUUUAAGUGGACAUUUAUAUUAAUGUACAUUCAAAUCAAGAAAUUUUCUUUCUAGAAAAAAUGAUCCAUGAUAUUGUCUAUUGACUGAAAGAUGACACUUCCUGUUUAAUAAAUAAAUAGAUUAUGUAAUAACUACAAGACUGUCAUUACAGUGCAGGAGUAUUAAAGCAAAA